AAAACCUCCGUCCAACCCACACCCACUGAUGCACCCACAAUACUGUCUUCACACACGGCAACACCUCCAUCGCGACCAGCGGGGACAAAAACCUCGGUCCAACCCAAUCCCACAACGGUCACUACACCUGCUUUAAAGACCGGUACAUCUGCAACAUAUGUGACAUCACCACCACCACCUCCAUCAGUGACGGAGAUCUCUGUCCGUCCUAAACCCUCUGAGCUUUCCAGAACUAUAUCUACACCCACUGAAACCUGCGUGUCACCCCGACCACCCUCAGAUACAAGUAUCGUCUGCGCACUCGUUGUCGUGAUAGUGUUCCUGUCGUUGCUCCUGUUUGCGGCGUGUUUCCUGGCGGUGCUGCACAGGAAACGCAACAACAAAACCGUGACGCCUGGCCGUCCAGAAGAAAACCGAAAGGAGUCGAAAGAAGUCAGCAGGUCCAGUCGUGCUCAGUCUCCACGACACUCUGAGAAAAGAGAAAACGAUGAGUCGGACUCAGAGACGGGAUGGAGGAGAUCCUUCACUGGAGUCCGAGCUAAGUCAGCGAACGCUGUUCUCUUCAUGUCUCCUUUUUGUGCGCCUGUGAAAGAUCAAGUGACUUUACAAACUGAGACGGAUGCAGGACACAGAGCUGAAGGGAAGCAGAAGCUGGGAGAUGAAGCUGAAGCAGAUGGAGGAAUUGAGACCGAAACUCUCACAAAUGCCGCUGAUGUGAUAAAUAAUGCUAAACAAGCCGAUGCUGGUAGAAGUCUAGAUAAUAACCCACACUGUGUUUCUGCAAACACUGACACUGUGCCUUAUCUGAGCAUCGGGACAAUCCAGAGUAAACCCAGUCCUGGUGAUUUUAACAAACAGUCCACUGAUGCAUGUCAAAGGUCCCAGAAGGGAAAAGUGAUGGCGAGGAUCUCCACCUGGCCUCCGACUGCAGUUCAGUGGCAGGCAAGGUGUAAAAUGAGGGAGGGGGAGGGGCUGUCUGAGGUCUUCACUGAAUGGACACAAAGGUUUCCAGGUGAGGUGAAGAGAGCGUUAAAGAAAGACGAGCAUCCCUCCGCUUCUGACCGGGAUGAAAAUGAAGAUGAAAUUGAGAAAAAUCAAUUAGAAGAUCCCCUAAAAAUGACUGUCGCUGACCUGACAUUCGGACUCUCUCAGUGCUCAGAACCUAAAUGACGAGACCACUUCUCUCAGUGAGGACCUUUCCCACAUUGACACGAGGCUAGAAGAGCAUCUAAAGGAGGAGGAGGUGAUCCAGGAACCUGCCAAUGUGAGACAGACCCAAAAUCUGA